GCGAUAAUUCUGAAUAUUAACGGGGAGUGUGUAAAAGGAACUCAGAAAGAACGGAGUAAAACCGGAUCCUGAAUGUAUUUUAUUUUGUCGCAGUAGGGACGAGUUUCCAAGACGGACCAAUGGAGCGAAAACAUCGGCCUCUGGCUAUGUUGGUGCCGUGCGGUUCAGUUCUUUAAGCCGUAAUUCAGCAGUUAGUUAAUGGUAACAUAGAAUGAGCACAAGCUGACUUCCUGUAUGUCAGACUAAAGCCAACCCAAAUAAUGUCGCGACGGCGCCGUUACUCGGCGUCGGAUCGCUCUGAAUACCUGCAGGCGCUGGUCACCGAGUUCCAGGACACCGAUAGUGACGAAGCCAAAGAACAGGUUCUAGCGAACCUGGCCAAUUUCUCAUAUGAUCCAAGGAACGUGGAGGAUCUCAGGAGGCUGCAAGUGACCGAACUUUUUCUUGACAUGCUGACGGAGGAGAGUGACAACCUGGUGGAGUUCGGCAUUGGAGGCUUGUGCAACCUCAGCGCGGACCGCGACUGUUGUGACCAGAUCGUACAGAGCGGGGGCGUGGAGCUGGUGACGGGCUGCCUGUCUAGCCGGCGUGAAGAGACUGUGCUGUCGGCCAUUGGCACGCUGAUGAACCUGGCUGCCGCCGAUACGCGCCCACUCGCCUCCCGCGACGCAGUGCUGCAGUGCAUGCUGCGCUUCUCGCUUUCCCGGAGCCCUCGAUUGCGAAAUUUGGCCAUCGUCUUCCUGAAGGACUGCUGCACUCAAGAGCAGGUGGAAGAGGCGAAGCAGCAGCUGCAGGGUCACACCCAGACCGCGCUGGGGAUCCCGUUACCCGAGGCGUCGGACAGCGGAUCGUGAUCGCAUCCGAUUCCUUAAAUCUAUGCAUUGGCUAACAGUUGGAUAUACAGAAUUAUCAGGAUGGAAUGUGGGGGGAAACGGCAGGACCAACAGAGGAUUUGUUGAAACUAAGACAUUUUAAGCGUUGAGAAACAAGGACAGACUGACAGAAGUGAAGCCCUCUUUGAAAAAUGCAUCGGCGAUGUACCGAUUUACACCACAGUCGAUGUCAGUAUUGUCAUUUCUCUACUUAUAAUGAAUAUAGUCAAUGUGGUGUCAUUUAAUAAAAUGUAAUAAUAUAA